AACAAGCACAAAGAUUCAAGAAAGUACCCAACAUAUAAUUAGUGGUAACAAAUUCAGAGAAGCAAAAAAAUAUUUUUUUUUUACAAGUAUCACUAAAAGAUAAUAUCUUUGAACAUUCCAGAAAAUACCCAACAUAUAAUUAGUGGUAACAAGAAUAGGGUUCUGAUAAAAGUUCUUACCUUGUGAAGUAAAUCACUCUGUCAGAAUGGCCGCUUGAAUCGUUCAGUGUUUUAUUUUAGUUUUCUGAAAAGGGUUUUAGCCUAAGUAGAAAAAAAUUAAACUUUAAGGGCAAUUUUGUCCUUUUAAAAACAUUUUGAUAUUUCAUAAACCUUUCUUCCUACUUGGCCUUAAAAGUUCUGUUUGUAGGGUUUAAGGAAGCUGCAGGACAAAGAAAGAUGUGUGGCAUAGCAGUGAUUGUGUCUGGAAUUAAGAUAGUUUUAUCAUCUUUAGACCCAAAUUUUAUCUCUCCAAUACCUCUAUUGGAACAGCAGACUUUGUUUUCAGUGGAUGACAUAAAAGAGGUGUUAAGAAGAAGGGGUCCAGAUAGUUUGGGAUGCAAGAAAGUUUUACUUCGUUCUGGGGUUUCAUCUUUACCAGGUGGGGAGCAAGAUGUUGUUGCCUUUGUGGAGGAUGAAACUCCAAGGGAGGGAAAGGAUUCUCAUAUGGAUGGUGGUGCUGCUAAAGAAUUCAUUAGAGAGUUGCAAUUUAUUGGUGCUACAUUGCAGCUUAGAGGCAUAAAUCCUAUCAUUCAACCAUUGGUGGACAUAUCAGGGAACAUCCUUGUUUAUAAUGGUGAAAUAUUUGGAGGCAUCCAAAUGAGUAGCGAUAACAAUGACACUGAAGUUCUUAUGCAACAUCUAGGACUAUGUUGUCCUCAUGUUUCCUCUCCACAUAAUAAAGCUCAUACUUCUGGAGACAGGCAAUGUACUGUUCCAGAACUUCUUUCCAGAAUCAAGGGGCCUUGGGCUUUGAUUUAUUGGCAGAGUAGUUCAAGAAUAUUAUGGUUUGGUCGAGAUGCAUUUGGAAGGCGAAGUCUUCUUGUUCACUGGCCAACAAAGGAGGACCCUCGGUUUCUGCUGUCUUCUGUAUCACCACAUGCCUCUGUAAAUGAAAGUUCUGAAUCUGCAAAUGGAGAUGGAAUAGCCAAAAUAGACUUCUGGGAAGAACUUCCAUGCGGUGUGUACAGUUUGUCUAUUGGUGCUUUAGGAACAGAUGACUAUUUAAUUGGUGAAGUUUUGAAGCAUGACUGGACAGAUCCAAAGCUUAAGGAGUUGAUCACUUGGGAAAGAACUUCUGUCCAACCAAAAUCAGAGGACUUGUGUGCUUCUCACCAAAAGGUUUAUAGCAGGAAAGAGGACUCGCCUUUAACUCCUUCCAUUCUGAUGGAAUCUAAGUUAGCUUCUACAGACUGCCUACUUACAUCGCUACCACACAGGGUAAUGAUUGCUUUACAAGAGUCGAUAAUGCGACGCACUGCAUUAAAUACAAUCUACCAGGCCACUUCAGUUGACUAUACAAACAAAUGCAAUACUCCAGUUGCCGUGCUCUUUUCUGGUGGAUUAGACUCUAUGAUACUUGCAGCAUUACUAGAUAAAUGCAUGAAUGCCAAAUAUGAAAUUGAUCUGCUAAAUGUAAGCUUUGACGGCCCAUUUGCUCCUGAUAGAAUAUCUGCUAGGGCAGGCCUAAAGGAACUUCAAAAAAUUGCCCCAUCAAGAAGAUGGAAACUUGUAGAGAUUGAUGCUGAUCUGCUGAAGCUGACCUCUGAAACGAAGCAUGUCAUGUCACUAAUAAAUCCUGCAAGGACCUACAUGGAUCUGAAUAUUGGUAUUGCUCUGUGGUUGGCUGCUAGCGGUGACGGUUGCUUACAAGAUGAAACAGGCAACGAUGAUACCUGUGGCAGUGUCAAGUACAAAUCUGCGGCUCGGAUUCUCCUAGUUGGUGCUGGUGCAGAUGAACAAUGUGCUGGAUAUGGUCGGCAUAGGACAAAAUAUAGAAAUGGAAGCUGGUUAGGUCUGAAUGAUGAAAUGAAACUAGACAUGCAGCGGAUUUGGAAGAGAAACCUAGGGAGAGAUGAUAGGUGUAUUGCCGACAAUGGCAAGGAGGCCAGGUUCCCUUUCUUGGAUGAGGAUGUCAUCAGGAUUUUGCUAGAUAUUCCGUUGUGGGAGAUCGCUGACCUUAAUCAACCAAUUGGUAUUGGUGACAAGAAAAUCUUGCGAGAGGUUGCACAUUUACUUGGUUUGUCAGAAGCAGCUUCACUUCCGAAAAGAGCAAUUCAGUUUGGUUCAAGAAUUGCAAGAGAAUCAAAUCGGAAGAAUUUUGGAAGCAACCGCGCAGCCAAUCAAGCAUCUGCUGGAAGUGUAACAAUACACAGAAAUAACUCAUAAUCCCCAUAUAUAUACCAUAAAACACGCGCAGUCCUUUUGCUGGAGCCUUUAUCAACUCCAUUCAUGAAUCAGGAUCACAAGUCAACUGG